AUGGCUUCCACCGCCCUUCCCCAGAACCCUGUCCUCAGGAGGAACAUCACCGCCGACUCGUCCGUUUCCUCGGCCGUCGUUUCCCCCGCCGACUCUCCCGCCCAGUCUCCCUCGACCACGUCCCUGUCCUCGCUGGGCUCGGUUGAGGAGGUCAAGAACUCCCGCGGCAAGCUGCUCGACACGUACGGCAACGAGUUCGAGAUCCCCGACUACACCAUCAAGCAGAUCUACGAUGCCAUCCCCAAGCACUGCUUCGAGCGCUCCGCCGUCCGCUCGCUGAGCUACGUCGCUCGCGAUCUCAUCGUCCUGGGCUCCGUCUUUUACGCCUGCCACACCUAUGUGACGCCCGAGUACAUCCCCUCGAUGCCGGUCCGCGCUGUUCUGUGGGCCCUCUACACGGUCGUCCAGGGUCUGUUCGCUACCGGCAUUUGGGUCCUCGCCCACGAGUGCGGUCACCAAGCUUUCUCGCCGUCCAAGGUCCUUAACGACACUGUCGGCUGGGUUCUCCACUCGGCUCUCCUGGUUCCCUACUUCUCCUGGAAGAUCUCCCACGGCAAGCACCACAAGGCGACCGGUCACAUGACCCGUGACAUGGUGUUCAUCCCGAAGACUCGCGAGGAGUACUCGUCCCGCGUCGGCCGUCUCGCUCACGAGCUCCACGAGUUGACUGAGGAGACCCCGAUUGCCACUGCCAUCCACAUGGUCAGCCAGCAGCUUGGUGGCUGGUUGAUGUACCUCACCACCAACGUUACCGGCCACAACCAGCACGAGCGCCAGAGGGAGGGCAAGGGCAAGGGCAAGAAGAACGGUUUCUGGACUGGUGUCAACCACUUCAACCCCAACUCCCCUCUGUACGAGCGCAAGGACGAGAACCUGAUCAUCCUGAGCGACAUUGGUCUCGCCAUCACUCUGGGUGUUUUGACCUACAUCGGCAAGACUUACGGCUUCGCCAACCUCCUCGUUUGGUACAUUCUUCCCUACCUCUGGGUCAACCACUGGCUCGUUGCCAUUACCUUCCUCCAGCACACCGACCCCACUCUCCCUCACUACGAUGCCGCAACCUGGAACUUCACCCGCGGUGCCGCUGCGACCAUCGACCGUGAAUUCGGCUUCAUCGGCCGCCACAUCCUUCACGGCAUCAUCGAGACGCACGUCCUGCACCACUACAUCAGCACCAUCCCCUUCUACAACGCCGACGAGGCCUCCGAGGCCAUCAAGCCCGUCAUGGGCAAGCACUACCGCGCUGACGUCAAGGACGGCUCGAUCGGCUUCCUCAAGGCCAUGUGGACCUCUGCUCGCAUGUGCCAGUGGGUCGAGCCGUCGGCCGACGCGCAGGGCGAAGGCAAGGGCGUCAUGUUCUUCCGCAACCGCAACGGCCUGGGCGUUCCUCCUACGAAAAUCGAGGCCGCGAGCGCCAAGAACAACGGCGUCAUCGUCGGUGCCGACGAAUGA